AAUAAUAGUAUUAUAUAAAAACUCUUAGGGUUUUAGUGCGGAUUAUAUGUAGGUUGUCUGGCAUGUUGUUGUUGUGUGUUGUUGAGUCGAUUCCAACCCAUAGCGACCCUAUAGGACAGAGUAGAACUGCCCCAUAGGGUUUCCUAGGCUGAAAUCUUCACAGGAGCAGAUCACCAGAUCUUUUCCCCCUCGGAGCAGCUGGUGGGUCCGAAGCCGGUGGGUUUGAACUGGGAAGCUUUUGUUAGCAGCAGAUCACUUAACCAUUGCAUCCCCAGGGCUCCCUGUUUGUUGACUGGAAGAAUGAAUAAACAAAUGAAAAAGAAAGUUCUCCCAGGACUAUGGCAAUGACCUCCUUUUUGAUCUCCUUGCUUUCAGUACCUUUCCAUCCAAGGCUCUCUCUGCAACCAAGACAGGGGUAUCUUACCACAUCACACCCUUGUCUAAAACCUGUGCCCCAAUGCCUUUAAGUCAAAUUUCAAGCUCCAGGAUAAUGGUUUGCUAAUCCCACCCUAUAAUCUACAUGAGAAGCAGACUCUCAAACUCCUUGUUUCCACCAGAAAAUCAGCAGUGCCAUAGGUGUUUUUUGCUCCAUGCACAUGGGAAUAGAGAGAAGUGCCAAUAACCCUCUUCUGGAUUUCAAAGAAAGUUCCCCCAUUAGUUAUACCUUCCAGAAAAUAGAGAUGUCUAUCUAAAUAUUAAUACCAAGGCAAAAAAUUAUUUUAAAAGAUACCAAAAUAGAAUUUCUGACUUUUCUAAAAAGUUAACUUUAAGGGUAGCAUCCACACAGCACUGCAACAGUAACUGAAUUCCAGGCAUCUUACAAGACUCCUUUGUUAGAAAUAACAUUUGUAAGGGUAGUGGAUAUUUUGUCCCAACCCAAAGCACGUGGAUGUUGUGUAACGAAGUGACAAGAGGGCCUUUUUGCAACACAUGAAGUUUCUCAAAGGAGACUAAGAUAUGUUCAUCCAUUCAACCGAUAUUUAGUGGAGGCACACCAUUUAGUAACAGGCCGGCCUCAAUAUGUUGUGAGGAUUAAAUAACAUGAAGGCAAACUUUAAAAAGCUGGGAUCUUCAGAUAACAUAAACAUGCCUGUUUUGGUAACUUAUUUAAUGAAUAUUCUGAACAUGUGUACAGAAACUGCAAAACAUCAUAAAUAUGCAGGUCCAUGAAUUUUCACUAUUGGAAAAUAGUACACUAUUUUAAAGAAUUUUAUUGAGGUAGAAUAUGUCUAACAAAAGUUUUGCCACUUUAACUCUUCUGAAGUGUACAAUUCAAUGACGUUAAUUAAAUUCACUGUGUUGUGCAACCAUCACCAUUAUCCAUUUUUAAAAGCUUUUUAUCACCCCACACAGAAACUCAGUACCCCUUAAGCAAUACCUUCCCGUUGCCCCCUCCCUCCAGCCCCUGGUAACCACGAAUAAACCUUUGUUUGUGAGCAUUUGCCUAUUCUAGUAUUUCAUACAGAUGGAAUUAUACAGUAUUUUUCCUUUUGGUACACUGUUUUUUUUAAACACUCUGGAAAAAGGAUUUUUUUCAGUACAUCGGACUCAUUUGAAGCGAGGACCACGGUUAUUUGAAAUAGGUGACAUCAUGUGUCAGCAGAGGCGUGAGGCGACUUGGGGCGGGGUCUGGGGCUUUGAGGUCAUAGCGCAGCAGCUUCCUUUGCGCGUCCGCUUCUCUCACUUGAAAUACAGGUAGUCACUGUAACACAUAACGAGGUGAACCGUAAGUAAACUGCCAAAACAACCAAACCGCAGGAGAAGGGGAGUCGAGCCCUCGCUAGGCGCUUUCACACUAGCUGACGGGAGGCAAAAUGCCCGGCUUUGGGGGCGGGGCCUUGACAAGAGCACUCUAGGCGCAUGCGCAGGCUUUCGCCCCGUGCCAGGUGGGAGGGGCGGUGCGGGCAGGGUCGUGUGGUGCGUUCUGCGCUUGCGCCUCGGCGGAAGGUGGGGUCGCGGGCUACAGCGCGCUGGGGUGCGCACAGUGAAAGGGCUAGGGGUCGACGGUCAACUGUCACUGUGAGCGGGUGACGGAGGGAUGGCAACGGUCUCAGGGUCUCCGGACUUGGCCGGCUCCGGCGCGCCUCCGCCCGGCGGGGGAGCACAGGCGGUGGCGGCUGAGGAAGAGGAGCGGGAGGUUGUGCGGGUCCGAGUCAAGAAGUGUGAGAGCUUCUUGCCGCCUGAGUUCCGUUCCUUCGCUGUCGACCCCCAGAUCACGUCUCUGGAUGUGUUACAGCACAUCCUCAUCCGAGCUUUUGACUUGAAUGGAAAAACUAGAUGGUGCCCGGCUACAACCGAUGACUGCCCUGACAGGGAACACAACAGAGAACCCCUGAGGGAGCAGGAGAGCAGCGGGAUGAAGACCCCAAAUUCUCAUAAGACCAGACUUAAUGGUCUGACUGAGACUGGAAGGACCCCGGUGGUCAUGGCCCGCAGACCUUCUGUUGCCCCAGGACAGGAACCAUUCCUGAAGCCAACUCUUCAGACAUGGAUUGGACUGGACAGUGGGUUGGAGAGGGAUGCUGGUGAGGAGUGAGCUUCUUGGAUCAGGUGGACGCUUGAGACUAUGUUGGCAUCUCCUGCCUGGAGGGGAGAUGAGCGGGUGGAGGGGGUUAGAAGCUGGCGAAAAGGACACAAAAAGAGAGAGUGGAGGGAGAGAGCGGGCUGUCUCAUUAGGGGGAGAGUAACUGGGAGUGUGUAGCAAGGUGUAUAUGGGUUUUUGUGUGAGAGACUGACUUGAUUUGUAAACUUUCACUUAAAGCACAAUAAAAAUUAUAAAAAAAAUAUGUGUGGUAAAUCUUAAUGUCUAUGCCUGUGGUUAUAAUUCCACUUGGGAUUAUAACCUUUGUUAUAUUAGUGAGACAGGAUUAGUGUAGGGUGUAUCUUAAGUCAAUCUCUUUUGAGAUAUAAAACAGAUUAAAAGCAAGCUAGCACGCUAUGAUGCGGGAAGAGAGAUGCCAAGCCACAUGAAGUUCAUCGAGGAGCAGAAGCUCAGAGACAAGGACCUUCCCCCAGAGCCAACAGAUAGAAAGCCUUCCUCUAGAGCUGGCACCCUGAAUUUGGACUUCUAGCCUCCUAAAGUGUAAGAAAAUAAAUUUGUUUGUUAAAGUCA